ACAAAACGAUAUACGUACCAUAGAAAUUGUUUUUUAUUCGUUUUAUUAGCCAUUAGGAUAAUAUAAAAUAAUCAUAAUAAUAUGUAAUGUUUUUGAGAAACGUUUUUGCUGUACGGCGAACGUGCGUAAUGAGUUCAAACACGUUUAAUCGUCGGGCAUGAACGCAGCGCAAACCUACACCAUCCCAGAUGCCCAGUAAUUAGUCAGUUUAUCAGUUAUUCUGUAGUAGAAUAUGUGUGUUGUCUGUUGAUGUUUACGACGUGCAGCAAUCUAAUAAGUAUAAUAACGUCGCAGCUGCCGUCGAUACAGUUUUAUUUUUCAUUUUUUGUUUUUUGUUUUGUUUUUACCCAAAAACGAUUUAAAUUAAAAUGCCGAAAUGCAUUUGAAUAAUAAAUAAAAUAACGAUUUAUACUCGUGAUUAUGAUGUCACAAACGACAGUCGACACUAAAGAGACUAUACACUCUGGACAUUUUAUGGUUUCAAAUUUUGAGGCUGAAGCACAAGACGACGAAUAUCAAGUGGCGGUGCCCGUGUCCGAAGAAAUACUGACGCGGGCCGACAUCAACAAUUCAAAAACUUCGUUAAAUAAUCUGUUCCAAUGUAUGUCCGUGGCUUACAGACACAAACUAACUUCCCCUAAAUGGAAUCGUUUCAAAGGAGUUCGCUUAAGGUGGAAAGACAAAAUUCGUUUAAACAACUUAAUAUGGAGGUGUUGGCAUAUGCAAUUUAUUAAGAAAAGUAAUUACAUGAUAUGUCAGUUUGCAUCACCUGUGGAAAUUGUAGACAUUCAUAAACAACCAGAGGCUGUUGUUUUGGAAGGAAAAUAUUGGAAAAGAAAAUUUAAUGCAGUAACUGCAGAAUACAAGAAAUGGAGGCUAUUUUAUCGAAGUUUACUACAAAAUGGAUUCAAAGAAAGACAAAAAUUAUUAAAUGAAUUUUUAGAAUGGCAACAAAACAACUGUGAUAUAAGAAUUGAUGAUGAUUAUAUGAAUUUUAUAAGUGAUACACUUUUUUCAACGGUGACCUCAAAUUCUCGCAUAUUUGAAUUUCCAAAUGCCAGAGAAGACAAAUCGACUACAACGAAUAUUGCCGAUUUUAUACAACCGAGUUUAGGACAGCUGCAGCCAAAUUUAGAUGAAUUCAUGGAUACCAUAGAACCUUUGCAAGAUUUAUUUAGUCCUCCUAAGUUGCCAACGGUACCAGAAGAAUGUCAAAUGUCAACAGAAUCAUCCAACAAUUUAUACAGUCAACCUUAUGGAAAUGUAAACACUUGUUAUCAGACAAAUCAACAACAUACAUUGUCUUUACAUUCAGAAAUGAACCAACUUAAAAUGACAAAUAUGCGACAAGAAACUACCGAUUCAUCAUGUCCAUUACACGCUAGUAACUAUUCAACAGGAGAAAAUUAUCAAUCUAAUUUUCCAACAAUCUUUCAUCAAUCUUCAAAUGGUAGUUAUCCAUCCAAUAAUCUCUCAUAUAACAAUAUUCCCACGGGAACUACACAAUCUCACCACAAUGAAAUGCAGAUACCACCACCACCACCACCUGUAUAUCCAUUUGAAUUCAAUACACCUAAUAUUAGCCAUGAACCAGUAAUAAAUUCCAAUAGUUAUAAUCAACAUCAAGAUAUAUCUGCAUCUAAUACCUCUGUGAUGAAUUAUGGCAAUGGAUCAUCAACUAAUGAUUUUAAAAAUAGAACUUCACAAAUACAAACAUAUAGCAAAUUUCCUCCAGUUGUGAGGAAUUCACAAGAUCACUUUGUUACACCAAAAAUUAGACAAAGGCCACGUACUAGACAACCCCAGCCAAAGCAAAAAGUUAUGCAAUCGAGUAUAAAUUCUUCAAAUGAUAACAACCAAAGUGUUCUACUUGCUCAGCUACUCUCAUCAAACAAUAUGUUUUCAACGCCAAGUUCAACUGUAGUUUCUACGAACAUGACUAAGUUUCGCAAUACAAAUGGAUCUUAUCAAACAUACCAGCAAGUACCACAGAAUCCACAAAUUCCACAGAUACCAUAUCAAUUAAUACAAAGAAGAGCGAGAACACCAGAUCACGUUUUAACUUCAUACACUGAUCAUCUUGUUUAUCGAAAACCAAGCCCUGUAUUUAUGAAUCAAAGUGACUGUAAUGUAUAUAAUUUAACACCUAAUACUCGUGGACUUAUCGAUGCAGUUGGAACACCUGGUGGUAUUCAUCAACUUCCACAAAUUCAACCUAGGUUUGAUAUACCACAUGGAAACACCCAAGGUUACUCAAACUAUAGGCUCCCUCAACCUCAAGAGUAUGUUAACCAUUCUGUCAUAGAUAAACCAUCACCUACGAGCAAUCAACCAUCACCUACAAAUAACUAUAGUCAAUCUUUAAAUACUCCAAUUCCUCAAUCUGUAACAACAUCACCUAUGUCAUGUAGUACAGAUCUCUGUCAAAAAAAUCAUUCUCCAAAUCAAUCUAGUGAGUCUGUGAAUUUGUCACAAAGGAACGGCUCGAUGCCAAUGCCAACACAUGUUAUGAUAGCUGGUCCAUCAAGAACUCCAUAUAAGGAACAUAGGAGAGUUUGUCAUAUAAAUGCAGAACAAAAGCGGAGGUGUAACAUUAAGAACGGAUUUGAUAUGUUGAAUAUGUUAAUUCCACAAAUUAACCAAAAUCCAAACACAAAAAUGAGUAAAGCGGCGAUGUUACAAAAAGGAGCUGAUUAUAUAUUACAGCUAAGGUCAGAACGAGCUCGGCUAUAUGAAGAGAGGCAAAAUUUGCAACAACAAGUUGAAUCUCUUAAUCUAGCUAUUAGUAAUUGUCAAGCAAUGUUACCCGCCACAGGAGCCCCAUUUUCUAGACAACGAACAACAAAAAUGAAAGAAAUGUUUGAUGAAUAUGUUAAGAAACGGACUCAAGAAAAUUGGAAAUUUUAUAUUCUGAGUUUAAUUGCAGAACCAUUAUUAAAUUCAUUUAACUCUAGUGUGUCUACGUCAAGCUAUGAUGAAAUGUACCGUACUACUCUUCAGUGGGUAGAACAACACUGUACAUUGGGUGAUCUCAGGCCAAUUGCUUUAAAUGCAUUGCGAAAUCUGUGCACAUCAACUGAAAUACUGUCAGAUCCUAGUAAUUUACCUGAAGAAAUAAACAACAUCAUUCAAAAAAGUCAAACAAAACACCAACCACAAGGAAACCGAAACUAAAAAUAUAUAAUAUAAUCAUUAACAUUGUAUGUGCCAUUUUUGUUUCUUUAAUUAUUAUAUAAUUGUUUAUGUUUUUUGUUUUUGUUUUUAUGUUUAACGUUGUUAAGUUUUCAAUAUAUAUAUACAUAUGUAAUUUUUGAGCCUUAA